GCAGUAGGUUUCAUGCCAUUCUGGUGACAGAUAAAGGUGAUCAUGUAACCUGGAGGUAAUUGGAGACCUCCUUCAUAAUAGAGAACAAGGGUAUGCUCAUUACACACUUGAACACACUGAGAAGAACCUAGAUUCAGUGGCAUUUUGACUGCAAAGGUAAGUUGUUAAGCUUAAAAACUGAUCGAAACAGAAAUUUUAAGUAUACAAUAUGUGAUUAGAUAUGAUUUAAUAUUCAAUAGUAAUGCCCUUUGUAUAAUUUAUGGUGUGUUUUCAGGUUUGGUUGAUAAGCAGAAUGAUUUUGUACAAAAUUCCUCUUUUUUUUUCCACCCCAUCACCCUGGCAAACAGAUCACAUUUCAAGUUGUUUGUUUGCAACACGUUUCCAUAGUCACCAGUGUUUGCAUUAGUUGGCAAGUUGCAUUGUGUGUGGUGUAGCUUAGACAGUACACAGCAACAAAAUCUCAAACUGACAAAAUGGUGAAAGGUGGCAAACGAUAUUCAUCAAUGAGCAAUGAUGGGAAAUGGUUUGCUCAUUCAGAUUCAACAGGGAAAGAAUCACAAAGUCGAGAGACUUCUACCAGCACUGGCAUCAUGCUGACUCAGGUUAAAUCAUCUUUGCCACAGGCUUUGGAGUUUAGGCGCUAUCCUAAAUAUGAACCCCAAAAGGAACCCAGAGACUAUCCCUUUUCAAGCCAUGACAACAAGCAAGCUUUUAAAGACAACAUCUUUGUCUUUACCCAUGGUGUAGGACGCAGGAAGUGCCUUGAUGGCCUGAGCCAGCACAACUCCCACUUCUGCCUGUGCCCUGACGGAGCCGACAGUGGCUCCGGAGAGAAAAGGGCAAACUUCACGAUCCACCAGACCGACUACCAGGUGAUGCAGGCCGAUAAUGUUCCAACUAGCAACAGGCGGUUCCCCCGCAACCACCUGCAAAAGUCUGCAGAGGCAGCUUUGGCUCAGGCAGGGGAGCAUUUCAUGUGGUUUGCACAGCUCUGA